AAAAAAACGUCUACAGCUCCGCUCAGACCGAGAUCGUCUCCGCUCCCAGAAAAGUGUGGAACUUUUCUCUGUGAUAUACGCGUAAACUCAUGAAAGAAACCCAACGGCGGAAAGUUUUCGAGUCGGAUUCGCGUGGCUGUCUAUUUUCUUCACAGUGAUUUUUAUUUUUGAACACUUUAAAGCUGGUGGUUUGUAACGGAAAGGUCCAAAAUCCCAGGGAUUUCCUCUCAUAUCGAAGUUCCCAAGAUGAACUUCGGUCCGGUGGUCAGGAAACUUUCUGUAAGUAACCAAAAACUUUUUAAACACAUUUGUUUGAGUGUUUAUUGUUGUGUUUAAGGUUCAUAUGAGCGCUGAAGUGUGUUUUACUACUUUCUUAACUGGGAAUAUUUUCUUAUAUUGCACCUUAAGGCGCUCGCGACGCUACUGCACGAGAGUUAACCUCCAGUCCGGUUAAUAUAAAUGACAGAGAGUCUCAAACAGGCUCUAAAGUUACAGAAAAACCUGUGCUAGCCUCCCCUCUGACAUUUCUUGCCCCUGUAAGGACGGUUUGCAGUGAACCAUGUGAGCAGAAAUCACUGCCCCGGCCUGUGAAGUGGAUGGAAAAGAUGAAACAAGCACGCUCAUUGUCUCUGAAGAGCUCGCGCACAGGAAGCAACACUGUGUUUAUUUGCUGUUUAUUCAAAGUCUUCAUUUCUGAGGUCUGAAUACUUGUGUUUCUGCUCGGUAUCUCGCUGUACAUGUGCUGUAUCAUUCACUGAAUCCCCCCCACCCCCUCUCCCCCUGCUCCUCAACAUUACAUUCACCAUCUGUGUUGGACAUCAUGUGGUCAUAUUGUUCAGACAUUCAGCAUAUGAUGGCUCUUGUACGGUCUGUCACAGCGGAUGUAGAGAGCUGGCCCUGUCCCUAAAGGCUCUAUUAAUAAGUGCAGAGUAGUUAUGGCCCGCUAUGGAGUGCACUUAAACUCAAGGCUGGAUUUAACACACAAACUACCAGAUUUCUCCUCUGGCAGGAGCUGGACUGCCAGAGUAACUAACAACAGGUUUAGAAUUGACUCAUCAAUAUCAGAUACAGUGGCUCUGUGAUUACUGAGUGUUGCUACUGCUGCCAAUCUUGUUCAGGACGCUCUUGUAAACUAGAUUUCUCAUCUCUGUGAGGUGUCCUCUUGAUUUCUGACCAUGGAUAAUACAGUUGUGGUUUGAUUUUAACUUGCAUAUACACCUCAAACUGACCGAAUCAUUCUGCAUAUGCUCCCCGAUUUGCACCCUAGACUUUGACCUGGAAGCUCAACGGCAUUCAAGAAAGCAGGUGCUGUCACCUACCCACAGAAACCACCAUUAGCUCAACAGUUACAGGGCUUGAGGCUAACUUUUUUGCAAGGAGCACAUGUGCUCCUAAGUUGAAAAAGUUUGGAGCACACAAAGAACUUGAGGGGCACAAUGACAAUUGAUCAAAUAAUGUUUGUCUCAUUGGUCGACAUAAAUACUAUUAUUUGAAAUCAAUUUUAGGUCAAUUGGUCACAUGACAUGGAAGCUAUUGCAGGAAAACAGCCUUUUCUGAGAACAUCAACCGGUAAUUUAUUAAUGGUCCCUUAUUUAACACCCGACGUUGACAGCGAGAGUGCUGAGUAGAUUUAACCACGCUGCUGUUGUUAUUCCCGGUUAUGGAGAGUGAGAAGACAGCGGUAGAUCCGCAGUGAAUGUCCGUCUAAUAGCCAAACUAAAACUAACUUCACCAUGGUAUUAACAUGAAAAAUAAUUUGUUGCCUCUGCUAACUUUUUUUAAUCACACAUGUGCCCCUAAAUACAUUUUACAAUUUGCACACAUCUAUUUUUAGUGGCAAAUGUGAGUGAAAUGGUCACACUGUCGAGCCCUGAUAAUGCAGUUGUGGAUUGAAGUUAACUGGCUUGCACACCCCAAACAGCCUCAAACUGGCCUAACCAUUCUGCGUACGCUCCCUAAUUCGCACCCCAGACUUUGACCUUGAAGCUCAACGGCAUUCGAGAAAGCAGGUGCUGUCACCUACCCACAGAAACCACCAUUAGCUCAACAGUUAGCAUCUUAAGUGUACCAUAAGUGAGGCUAAGAGUCUGUGAGAGAUGAUCACCAUAACAACAUGUCCUUGUUUUCACUCUGUGACAAGAAACCAGUUCACCUCUUUCUAACUAGUUUGUUAAUUGUUUUAGUAUGUGACAUAACAGGUCACCAGUCGGGAACUCUACGACUAACAAAAGCUGAAAAGGAGCAUUUCAGCUCUUAGCAUAAUAGAGGCGUACAUACUUAUACACCUCUAUUCAAACACUGGGAGGAUCCACGCCCUGUGUUUGAAUACUCUGACAUGGAGAGUAGUCUUAUUACGCUAUAAUUGUUGCCUAAUUUAACUGUGCAUGUACUCAAUGUCAUUAUCUCCAAUACAAAGAGACUGUGUGGCAGGGUGAGACAAGUUGACGCCUCUUAUCCAGAGGAUAGUAUUUGUCAAAAUUAAGAUAUCAAUACCUAGUGCCAGUCAUACAGUAUUGCAUAAGUCAGGAGAGUGAUAUAUCGCCAUAUUUAAGAUUUGUCUCACCCCUAUUGGCCAUGUUGGUUGCUCAUACACUUUUGAAGCAAUAUUACAUAAGAGAGAGUGUUGUUAUAGUAUAUAUUUGAAUGGCUUUAAAGCAUCAAAACACAAUAUUUAAUAAGGCAGAUGAGUAUCAGGGUUAAUAUUCAGCAUUUUGCUAAUUUUCUGUAUAGCUGGCUGAUGAAAUUGUCCCUUUGGCUCAGCUCCUGGUGUGCCGGUUUUUUCUUGCAUCACUUUGUCUCACUUAAGGACCUACAACACGAUCUGACUGGUUGUACUGUAACUGUUAACUCAUGUAUGUGGAGUUAAACAAGUUGUAAAAGGCAUUUAAACAAAGAUUUAUGGUGGAGUUAAUCAUCCAAAGUCAAUCCAUAUCAAUCCUCCAUAUAGUUUGUUAGUAUCGGCCUCGUAUCAGUUUUCUAAUAUUCCAAUUUUGUGAGAAUAAAAUAACCAGUUAUAUCAUUUUUGGAUCUAAGUGGUGGAAAACACCAUGUAUGGGAAGUAUUUCUGACCACCACAAGUAAGUGGUAUUAAGUGAUUUCUGCGACGCUAGAUCAUCUCAAAAAUGACCUUAUUCAUAAGUAGAAUUAGAAUAGAAGUCCUCCUAUUUUAAACGAGCUAACUUGAACCGAGGGUUGGGUUAUUUCGGGGGUCUUUGUGUUGUCUCCACACAAAAGCAGAGUUCCAGCUUUGUGGUUGCAUAAAAAUAACAAUUAAGAAACACUGUUGCCGGGCAACAACAGCUGCAAGAGCAGGGAAAAAGACUAAAGUCAAAUGAUUUACUGUCCAUAAUGCAUUAGGUCAUUGUGACUGUUAUGGCCAUUUGCAUUAGAAUUACUCAGAAUUAUUAUGUGUUUUGUCGAGAUGAAAUAUACGCACUUCUGGGAAAAUCAGGGUAAGAUGGGUUCAACAAAGCAGCCGUUUUAAAGACCGUCUCAGUGUUCAACUUAAAUAGUGUUAGAGUGAGACAUGAGUUUAGCGACAUGUCCAAAGCGCUAAUCUGUUUUGCCCCCAAAAAAGCCAAAACUUGAUUUUGCAAGUUAGUCAAUUAAAGCCGCAAAGUCUCGCAGCAGCAGCAUUUUCCAGUCAAGUUUUAUUCCACUCUCAGACCUUCACAGAGACGUCUUUUCAUUCCUCAGCCUGUUGUUUUUUCCAGCAGUGCGGCACCAAAGCCUGACACCAUAAAUGCUGUAUGUAUACUCGCUGUAAAGCCUUUAAGUGUAACCAAUUUAUGAAAGGCCUUCUUUUGGAUUAAUGGAAAGUAUGUGAUUGAAUUUAAUGUGGGACACCAAAAGAGCGCUUACAACGCCAUCAAAGACUGUGGAAAUUUGGCGUGAAACAGUAAAAAUGUACGCAUAAAAUCAAAGAUGAGGGUCUCAGCGAGAAGAAAGGUUCAUAACUUAAAAAAAGGACACGUUCUUCAUGCUUGGCAGAUCGUGUUUUGAUCAACAUAUAAUCAAGAACUACUCAGUGCACUGGGCCUUUUAUAUGUUUGUUGUCAAAUGCUAAUAUCUAUAAAGCUCCUGGGCCAAAUAGUCAGCUGAAACACCAAAUUUGUUCUCGAAUCUAUAAUUAUGAGGAUGGCUUAUCCCCCCGUAACCUCGCCAAGUUUGAGUGUAAUAUCCCCAGAGUUUACAGACGCUCAAAUCGCAGCAUGUCUUAUUUGGAUUGACUGUGAUUUCAAAUAGAUUAUAUGACUUUCCAGUGGCGUUAAACGUUAUUGACUGGUGGUGAAGGUACAAGAAAAGUAGCUGAAAGUGAAUCAGGGUUCAUGAUGACAGAGCAAAUAAAGGAUUGGCCUCCUUUGUGGUCUAGAGAAGCAACAAUGAUAGCCAUUAAACCUCAAUACUGCUUCGAUUUUAUCACCGAUACCUACUGUUCUCGCUCUUCAUUUUGCAGCCAAAGUAGAUGUAACAUCUGCUGGUGCGCCCGGGGCUUUGGUGUUUGUUUUCAGCGUUGUCUGAUCUGUGCUCUAAGUCAUGCAGUGCGCCAUUACUGAAAUCAGAUUUACUUCUCCGGGUGGCAAAGUCAAUGUUUAUCUCUUCUGUAAACUACAGUGCAUUCUGGAGGCCUCCCUCGCCAGCAGGCCCUGUUGCUAUGGGACUGUGAGGAAACUUCAACCCCCCUCCCCAUCCUUCCACCCCCAUUCUCCCCCUUCUCUAAUCCCCCCCACCUCCCUACCCCCCUCCACACCCCUUCAAAUUGCCGGAGUGUACGUGCCUGGCUGUCCAGUAAACUUCCUGUCUAGAGUACACAGAUAUGCUGAUAUUAGUGGCAUCAAUUUACUUCUGAGAAUUGUCAUGCCUAUGCAAAUGUACACUAGAUUUUUAUCUGUGAUUAUUUUUUUCUACUUUGCGUCUGGGUGUUGGUUCACACAGGAAAUAUCCCUCUCUGUCUCUGUGGACAACACAGACAAGGGCAGGACUGACAUCUGGGACAAGUGGAGGCCAAACUGUGCCACUGGGGACCAAGAAGUGGUCAACAAAUUGGCUGCUCUAGAGUUUCUACUUAAUACUGCAACUGCUGCUUACUGCUGCUCUGCAUGGUGACCAUGUGAACUGUUAUAACCGAGCCUGUGGCUGAGAGAGGUUACAUGGACACUGAAUGAUGCAACGUGGUGCAACUGGCCCACUGUGAGAUACCAGGUGGUUGUUGGACCUUUUAAUGUUUGCCUGUCACAGUUUGCUGUCAAGUGUUUAGUCUAGAGGGCACAUUUUUAGUGCGGUUUUGUUCUUUUCUUUGAUCCUGAUGAAUUACCUUUUCUGAAGGAGUCCAGAGCUCCUGGACGAUGAAGGCAGCACAACAGGAAGUCAUGAGUUUAUUAACAUACAAUUGUUAAAGUCAGCAUUUUGGUAUAUUGAUUGAUCAGACAAUGCCGAAUUUGGGAGAAACUUUACUUACGUGAGUACACAAGCAGAACAGAACAUUACAGGGUUUACAUUGGCUAGUAUACGUUAACUUUUGGAUGGUUUCAAAUAGGGCUGGGGGGUAUGGCCUCAAAUCAAUAUCACGAUAUCUUGAGCACUUCACCUUGAUAAAGAUAAAUGGGUGAUAACUACUCCACAAGCUGCUCACCUCCUCCCACAUUAACUUUGUCCACUUCAGCCGCCACUCCAGCCACUACAACUUUUGAACCGUCUGCCAUCUCCUCACCUGUUUUUCCCUCUUUGUUAGCCUACCUACACACAAACAAAAACUUCACUGAUAUUUAACGAAUUAGAGGUACAGGAUGGACAAGAAGGACUCUGCUACUAUUUCUGGCUCUACAGAUGGAAAUAAACAUCGAAACAGUGAUGAAAACAAAUGUCCUUUCAGGGAUAUUGUCAUGGGACUUGACUUCAACUGCUCUAUAGCCUAAAAUAUCUAAAAACACUGGUAAAUAAUUAUGUUAACAAGGUCUCUCUCUCCCUCUCAGUGCUUCCUUUUUAUUGCUAGUUAUCAGGCAUAUGUAUAUUUGCGCGUAUGUAUACAUCCCACCCAAGGUAGCGGCUGAAGUUCCAUGUGAUAUUCUUCAUGAUACUGUUGCUAGGAUACAGACUCGUUAACCUGAGGCACUUGUAAUAACAUCAGGAGACUUCAACCAUGUCACCCUCUCCUCUCACCUGACUGGAUUUACUCAGUUUGUUAGAAGACAUGAGAUGACACGAGAUUCCAGACAAAUGAAUUUCCUUUGGGGGAAAAAUAAAGUUCUCAUAUUUUUGAAUUUUUGUGAUUUAGAGCUAACAUCUGAGAGUUGUCCUAUAUAGCUUUAAUUCUGGGAUGUUAACAGUGAAAUUGACCAGCUAAAAGAGACUGUUUAAAGAAAGCUCUGGUUGGAAACCUCAAAGAAAAUUUAAGGUGACAGCUCAGCUGGCAGCCCCAACUGUGAGACUUCUCUAUUUGGUCUUGAGCAGGUUUUUAUAAGGAGGGCUGUUUGUUUAGAGGAGAAAACAUGACACUGCGAUGAAACUCUGAAGGAAUGUAAACAGCUUAUCUCCUUGGAAAACAGCAGAGCCAAUAGCAGUGGCAGCUCAGCUCCCAGUCCCAGAGGAAACAAAAAUUACUCCCUCAAAUUAAAACAGGAUACAGGCUUUAAAAUGAGUGAUGGUCAACUUAUUAUGUAUUGAUUUAUUCGAUUCUGGUCAUAACUUUCUAAUUAUUUUAACACACUGUAAUAGAGAUCAGGAUUAAGUAACACACAAAAAAGACAAAAACCUCUCAGACUGUAUUUACAACAUCUUUUCUGUUUCUAGAAGACUCUGCUGCUGUUGUCAUUGCUAUUCAAGUGAAGUAUAAAAGACACGCUGACUCACUCAGGGAGUGCCACCUGUUAAGGUGCAGCAAACUCACGUCAUACAUACCAACAGAGCUGUGUCAGUGCUCACACUUGACUGGACGAGGGUUUUUAGAUAAGUGGGGAUGAUUUACCGCGUGUCAAACUUCUCUAGGUAAACAUAUUAACCUCACCCCGCUUCGUUUUAAUGUGUUUUUGAGAUCCAAAUAGCAACUAAAUUUCACGCCAUGCUCAGAUUUGAAGGAAUGUGAACUACAUUGAGGUUCAGUUCUCUCUCUCUCUGUCUCUCUGUCUCUCUCUCUCUCUCUCUCUCUGUUUCUCUCUCUCUCUCUCUCUUGCACGCAACUCUCUCAUGUGUACACAAGUCAUCUGAUGGGUCAGAUCACAUGAGUAAAAGUUAACUGUCCUUUACGCUCUCAGCACGAGGGAUGGACUCUUAUUAGCCAAAGGGGAGAACGCUUUUUUUUUCAGCUUCCUCUUCUUUUCUUCUCUUUCCUGUGUUUAUUCUACCUGUUUUAAGACUCAUGUUUCCUGGAGGAUCUGCUUUUUAAUGAUAAAGAGACUUUUCAGAGGUGUGCUGGGUGUAAUAUGACGUAGAGGGGAAGUACUGCUCACGCUAUGUCGCUUCUCUUGGCGUUUUUUUUAAUAAUAGGUUGAUUGUUUUGAAAAACCAACCACUCUCUGCUUCUUGCUUCUAUGAGUUUCUGACAGUUGGAUGUAUAAAAGGUCUAUUUACAGACAUCGCCCAAGGCUAUGGAAAAUUGCUAAAUGUUUCGUAACUAGUAUCUGAAUGAUUGAUUAAACUGAAAUUCAAUAAAACGGAUUGUGAGUCGCAGCUCUCAUUGGAAACGCUUCUAUCGAUCCCAGUGAUCAGCUGUUUAAAUAAUCGGUUAAUUCAAGCUGCAGCUUCUACAUCGUCCUCAUCUACAUGGCUAUUGAAUUAAGUUCCUGAAAGCUGAUCCAAGAAUUUAAGCAAUUUUAUGAAUUGAUCCAAAUUUCAAACGUACUUAGAGAAAAAUGUGGCAAAUUUUAUCAACAGAUUACACGGUUAUGAAAACAACUGUCAGUCCGCUCUAUAAUCAUAACAUCACGGCUGAAGUAAGUCGUGCUGCAGAAGAGUCAAUCCUUUAAGUUAAUACAAGAUUUGGUCGUUGAGCAUUCUGAGUGAAAAACUGAAUUUGUCAGGUGCCUGUUUUCGUAAAAUAAUCAUUUGAGCAGGAAUUAAAUGGGUUAAGUCAGUGGUUCUCAAUCCAGUCCUCGAGUCCCCCCUGUCCUGCAUGUUUUGGAUGUUUCCCUGCUCCAACACACCUGAUUCAAAUGAUCAGCUCGUUAUGAGGCCAUUACACAGCUUGAUAACGAGCUGAUCAUUUGAAUCAGGUGUGUUGGAGCAGGGAAACAUCCAAAACAUGCAGGACAGGGGGGGCUCGAGGACUGGAUUGAGAACCACUGGGUUAAGUUAUUGAAUAUUUUUACAAAGUUAAAGCCAUCUGUGACUACAGGCUCGUUACUACAAAGGCUUAAUUGAGCGUGACGAGUAAACAAGGCCCCAAAAUCAGGCAAGCAAAAUUUACUUGACAAGUUUCUCAAAACUAGGUUUGACGCUCGUUUCGAGGAACUUGUAAACACAAUUUUGGCUUAAAAUAUCUUAAAAUAAGAUUUAUAUUAGGGCUUGUCAGGUCAGUGUUGGUCAAAUUAAGACUAAUGAGGCAUUAUGACUCGAAUUUGGCCAGAUUUGAUGUUUGGAGGUCAUGUGAUCAGCUGGUUGUCACACAGUCGAAGGAAAACUUGUGUUUGCAAUACUGAAAAAGUAAAUUGCGAACAGAAAAGCUACUCUAUUAUAGUAGUAUGAAUAAAUGUAGUUUCCACCCUUACUCAAAAGUCUCUAUUUGAAUAAAGUAUGGAUGGUAAAUCUAUUGCUAGUUGAUGAGAUGAUAGUCUGUAAAGGAACUCCAGACCUUAGUCAGGGCCUCAGAUUUGUGUCACAACACGAGCCCCGGAGCAGCAUAAGGUUUGCAUCAGUGCUCCAGCCGCUAACUUCCUGCUUUCCUGGAUGAAUGGGCAGAUUAUAACAAAAGUUUUGAGUCUCCGAACAAACGCAACCUUUGUCCGCAGAAUGGACUUCUGUUUACAAAGACAUAAAUCCAACAUAAAUUCCACGUAUUGAUGGUCAUUUUACAGCUUGUUGACCUGCUAACGUCCACAUAUUCUACAUUUUUGCUGUGAUGUGUUUAUAGAGAAGGCUAUAAACCGGGCUGAGCUUCAAGGACUUUUUUUCCUUUUACACAAAGACAGGCUUUAAUGGAGCUAAUGUGAUUGUCUGCAGAGCGAGGUGAUGGAUUCCUGCACAUACUUUAAUCUAUUAGUCAUCCCUUCUUGGCCUUUUCCCUCCUGGAUGUCUUGUGAGUCGCUGCUGUUUGGGAGAGCCUAAUCAGAAUUUGAAAUGGCUAAGUUAAAAGCACACGAAUCUCUAAAUUCAAUUUGAGGAUUGACGUUUGAAUUCAAAGUCCCUGCUUAUCCCUUUAAUAACAGGCUGUGUGACUCACUCGGCAGCAGCCUACCCUUUAGAAAACCACGGAGACCACCUCAACCCUCCGCCACACAAACAAACUGGAAAACGCGUGUCACACUGCUGCACCUGCUUACGACCUUGAAACCCGGCAAACUUUCAGCUGCCCUUUCUUUUUAAGUCAUCGAAACACCAAGAGCUCUUUCAUGUGGUUCACACUGCGGCGGGGCCGUCAGAUGGAUGGGAAAGUUUCUAAAUAGUAAAAUAAAACAAAGUUUGAUGUUGAAAUGACAGAAAUGGUAAAAGUAAACACACACUAUUUUUCUUUAGCUUCAUCAGACAGUAAUUUCAACUCUGACGACUAUAAUGAAUGUUUAUGUCUUGUGUACUUGAAUCAGAAACUGGAGAUAGUCUUAUUUGCUUUUAUAUAUCAUAGAAAGACAUUAAUAUGAACUUUAGUUUGUUUCAAAAACUUUUUAUAACUCCUCACAGGACCUUAAAAGUCAAGUUUUCAGACUAUUUUGACUCUGUACGCCUCCACACUUCAUUGAUAAUGUUAGAAAUUAGCAUAUAAGAUGUUUUUAAAUUAAUAUAAGCCAAAAUGGGGGGUUGUAUGUUGUAUCUAAGCUGUAAUGUAGCUAGCUGUAAGGGAUGUACACAAUCACAGAUGGCAAUAAGUCGGUAAAUAUAUUGAGAUUUACUCAACCAACACUUUAUGUGAAAAUAAGGAGUUAACUGUUACCCCCACUCUCUUGCCGCUCAAGGAGCUACGCUGUUACGUUCACGUGACGUUACAUUACGUUACCCAUGCUACUCUCUAUAUAGACUGUGUAUAAGCUUGACCGUUACCUUUUACGUUGUUGAAAGAGAGUCCGACAGGAUUCGGUGCAUUCGUUGAUGAUUCAAAACAAGUCUAAAAUAACAUUGUGUGUUGUUGUGCUCACACAGUGCGAGUAGAAAUCAUUAGCGGCGCACUGAUAUCAAUGAUUCUGUGAAAUUCCAGUAGCGGCGCACGUAAUUCAGCAGUGUCGGAGUAGGGGAAGGUAGGAGAAAUACUGAAAUGUUAAUCUGCAGGUAAGAGCUAAAGACAGGUGGUGCUAGCUCUUCUAGUGUUAGCCACAUCCCACAAACCCGUUUGUGUGCAAACUCUGAUCCUGUGUUGGAUGAAUUUCAUUGAAUGUAAUGUAACUGUUGUCUGAUUUAGAAACCAGGAUGAUGGGUAAAAGUUUUAAGCGCUUCUGCAGACUCUGUGUAUCGCCUCCAGCUCUGCCUGUCAGCACCUGUGUGUCUGACUGAACUCAGAGCAGUUAGUGACACUUAACAUGUGUUUCCUCCUGUCUGGAUCCUACUUACUUUUAGAUAAAUGUCACUUUGGGAAAAAAAAAAAAACACUACUAAAUUAAAUUGCAAGAUGAUUACACCGUGAUUUAAAGCAUGCAUGGGAGCUUGUGUGUGUACAAACGGAUAAUAAAUGACACAAUGCUCAUUUUUAAUGAUGUAAAGCCCCAAGUUUGAGUAUAAAAGGUUUGUGUUAGAAACCAAAAAGCAGAACCCAACUACCUGUUUCCUGACAGGUUCCCAAAACUUACUCUUUUUCUAUUCUGCAGUAAUUCGCACAUCAGUUUCAAAUAUCACAACCCUCGUCUGCGUCAACAUCACCCUGCAGCUUGUGGUUGACAGCUGACUGUCAGGAAAGUCAUGUAAACUUUCAUCAUCGCCUUUUUCUGCUUUUGUUUUUUUUUUCCACAAUGCGGCGAAGGUGAAUGUCACCUAACCUGCUUGUGACACACAGCCGCGUUCAUCUUAUCAGUGAAGCACACCUCCUGAGGAAACUCAAGAAUUGGUGUCGGGGAGCUGCAGCUUCCCUGAGUUAUAAAUAUCCAGCCUAGCGGAUAUGUUGUGGGUCUGAUCGGGUGCUGGGCCUGCUCGGAGGCACGCUGCUGUUGGAGGGAACAGUUUGGAGCUGAACCCUGCAUGAAGCCUCUGUAUUGUCUCGAGCUUCCUGUGCUCCCUGAGAGGAGGGGGCAGCUGCUUUUCACACGCUCCCACACAUACAGUGUAAAUGCGCUUGUGUACUCUAUUGUAUGUGUGUCUUCUUCACUGCGUGUCUGCAAGUUUUUGCGGCGCAACAAUGUGGUUUUCACACUUUCCUGUCAAAGAGCUUCAGAAUGACACAGGAGCCAUUCUCUUCACUUUGUAUCGCUCUGCUUUAUAAAGAUGAAUGUCUCCCAGCGCGGCUGAUUUAUUCAGACUGUCAGGAUCUCCUCUCUCGACAUGAGCUGGGUUGUACUUGUCUUCAUCAUCUAACUCAGAAUGUCAGUGUAAUUUAUCACUCACGGAAAGUUAUGCAUGAUCACCCUCCAACUCCAGGGAAGCUUUAUCUGCGAGCCAGAGAACAUUUACUGUCCUGUCAAGGUCAGCCUUGAGGAAUUUCAAUCGUACAAUACACAACAGUUUCAGGAAGAUAACCCAAACAGGGCUGGAAACAGCGGACUGUAUGUCAUAUUAGAUUAGUUUCAUUUGGGUCAAAGUUAACUCAUCUUCAAUGAUGAUAAACCAAGGUUUGUCGGUUCAAUUAGAAGUGGGUUUAAAAGCUGAUUCCUACUGGUACUGGAAAUGAGUUUGACUGAUAGAGUAAUGAUAUUAUAAGAGACAUCCGCUCCAGGACAGUGUUCCUGUGUUUUGGUCUUUUGCUGUCACACAAUUAGACGAGACAAUAGAGCAGUUAUGGUUAGGUAACCGUGCAGUCAAGGAGAGGGCGGACACUAUUAGUCAAUUUAACAAAGGGCAGAUCAACUGGUAAUGUGUGGGAGGAUUACUUCAGCUGUUUUCAAGUAGUCAUCGUGAAAUUUCAUAAUUAAAGUGAUGUGGUAAAGCUUUAGUCAGAGUUACAAUAGGUACGGUGGCCCUGAAGGUCAACAUUCAAGACAACAAAAAGACUUUUCACUAAAUGCCACCGAUGUUUCACAAAGCACAGAAAUGUUUCAUUAGAUGGAAAUCAUAAUAACUGGAAACUUGAAAAUCAUAAAAUGAAGUUUUAGUGACACACAAAGCUAUUUCACAAGGUUACAUUUUUUUCAAUUUGUGAAAUAUUUUCCCUAUUUUUUUUUAUUUUUUUUGCAUUUCAUCUACUUUUUGUAAAAUGUGUUUGAUAUGUGCCAAAAAUUUUUUUUCAGAAAAUCAAAAAAUAUUGAAUGAAACACAAAAACAAUUUAUGAAAUGUAAAAAAAGAAAAAGCAUUGAACAAAUGUAUUAAUUAUACAUGGAACUAUUUCUCUAAGGGCAAAAAAGUUUCAUGAAACUUCAUGAAGCCCAAGAAAAUUAAAUAGAACACCUACAUAAUUUUUAGAAUGCAGAAUUUUUAUUUAUUACAUAAAUAUUUUUGAAUGUUCAGAAAAUGUUUUUUCAUUUAGGAAAACGUUUCUUCCAUAAAACACUUUGCAUCAUGUUGAAUGUGUUCAUUUAUGUUUUGUGAAAAAGUUUCUUGUGUUUCAUGAAAAAUUUUGCCCAGGGCCACCGUACAGGCUCUUUGAAAUGUCUCAAAAAUUCUAAAAACUUGCUUUUUUAAGGGUUCACGUAAUAAAAUCUCUAAAACAAAACCAGGUUUUUCCUUGUCGGAGCUUCAGCUGUCUAUGAUAAUCAUCUGAAGAUGUCUUUAGAUGAUUAGACAUGCCUGAAACUCUGUCAGAUCCAUGCUGUGUGGUCAGUUUAACAGUGAGUUGUUUGGUUGAAGGACUGUUAACAGCGGCUUUUACGGUAGCAUAGAUUCACAAAAUAGAGGACAGAGGAAGAAAAAUGCAAGUUCAAGUUAACUUUGCUUCGAGAUACAUAAAAAGUUACAGGGAACCAGAUGUUCCCUGAAGCAGCAAACAAUGAUUAUGAUUAAAAUGCAAGGUCAAAAAGCAGUAAUAGUUAGUAUGUGUGGGUUUUAUAAAGCUCUUUAAAAAAGUCUUAAAACUGACUUUUAAAAGAGUGCAGUAACCUUGUUGGAUUGCUGCAUUUAUUUCUGUUACAGGCUGUCAGAUCUACCAUGAGUCCAGAAAGGAAAUCCUAAGCUAGUACUGUUUGCCAUAUUUUUUAAUGCUAAUCCAGAUUUAAGGUCUUUUUAUUGACCUGGACUGAUCUACGGUCCCCAGUUUCAGCCUUUUAAGCUGCAUUUCUUUGUCAGAUAUCAUUGCAAACUGUCUACUUUAGAGGUUUUAGAGUAAAGUUCAGAGAAAAUGAAACUCUAAAGCUUUGUAAUCCAAAAAUAAUGAAGAAAAUAUCGUUGUAACAAGAAACAGUUUAUUCAUUUAGACAGCACAAGGAGACAGUUAAAGUUACAUAAGGCAGUUUUGGCAAACUUUGCGACAGCUAGUGUUUUGUUUAUGUCCAAGAAAAAGAGACAGGAUCAGUCGGGAUGUGCGAAGUGCGGUGUUUAAACUCUAACAUACAGUGCGCUGUGGCUGUAACAUUGACAGCUGUAACCCACAUGUGGUUGUGGGAGGCAGUGACAAACGAGAGAGAUUGAGUGGUUGUAAGAUCUGUGGGAGAAACACACGUCGUUGACAUUUAAAGUGAUGUAACUUUUCAGAUUUAUGUCAUUUAUGAUGCACUGAAACCAGCAGCUGUAGUACGACAUGUUCACUGCUUUCUUCCUCCAGUUGCCCCAAUGUCUAUGAGACACCGUGAGAAUAAAAAUGGGGACAUAUGUGGAGGGUUGUUAGUCAGACUUUCCAGAAGCUGCUGAUCAUGUUUAAUCCGAGAAGACAGAUGAAACUCAAAAUUUGGAUGGCUUCGCGGGCAUAAAAUAUAACACAACUACCAAAAGAGUUGAUUGUAGAUUGAGACGAUUGCUUUAAGUAAUUAGUUAGCAUUAAAAUUGAAAAUUCAAGUAAACAAACAAGGAAAGGUGUAUCCAUUUCUGCAUUUUAAUAAUGAAAUGUUGCAUAAUAUUAUAAAAAUAUGCUAUCCUACUUACUUUCAGAUAAUCAGUAUUAUCAAAUAUUAUGGAGGAAACUACAGAAAAAAGAGGCCAAAGCCAAUAACUGAUACUGAAUGAUUUUCUUUGCACCCCUAAAGGGAAACUGCACUAAAAACAGACAUGACUCUGUAGUGGAAGUCACCGCAUGGGCUUAAAAUCACCUUCAAAAACCAUAGCAUCCAAAAAUUGUGACAAAGGAGACCCCCAGAAUCCUUUAUAAGGCAAGAAUAGGACAAAAUCUCACAUUUAAAACACCUUAAAUUAGAGAAAGAGACAAUCUUUAAAUUUCCCACCUGAAAAAUAAAAAAAGUUUAGACUUCUGGAGCUCUGCAGUAAAAAACAGACAUUACUCUGUAGUGGAAGUCCCUGCAUGGGCUUAAAAAUCACCUCCAAAAACCAUUUCCUGUGCAGUUUGUAAUUUCAUCCAAAAAUGUGACAACUCCUGAGUCCUUUAUCAGGCUAGAAUAGGACAAAAUCUCACUUUUAAAACACCACAAAUUAGAGAAAGAGACAAUCUUUUGAUUUCCCACCUGAUUUCCCACACGCAAUUUGUCAUUGCAUCUAAAAAUUGUGACAAAGGAGUCGCCCCGAAUACUCUAUCAGGCAAGAAUAGGACAAAAUUUCACUAUAAAACACCACAAAUUGGUCAUGUUUCCCACCUGGAAAAAUAUAUCAAGUUAAAACUUCAUGAGCUCUGCUUUCUUUUUAAACGACGCUGAGAGCGUAGACCCACAAAAUUACACCCAUCACAGCCGUCACAUUUGAUUAAAGAAGACGACCAGCUAAUCAGAAAAGUAUGAUACGGUAAAACAGGAGUAUAACGAGGUGCAUCAUGUCGUCACUUAUCAGCGUGCCAUGAUUGAAAUCAUCUGUCCGGUAUGAAAUGAAGAACCUCCUGAGGUUUAUCCGCCUGCUGUGUGUGUGUGUGUGCGUGCGUUGCGUUUUCUGAUUUCCGUUUCUGCCCAUGUGUUUUAUAAUAGAGUUCACUGUAUCCCCCUCAGGCUGAAGGAGUGAUCACAGCCCUCUAAAUGGCCCAUUGAUAACCCAGGUCAACUGAAAGGAUGUCCUGUCGUUUAGUCAUAAAUGUGCGCUCAGUGUACAUGGCAUGUGCGGAGUUUGUGCCAAGGCAAUUUGGAAGAAACCGGCGUUUUAAGAGGAAGUGGAGGGGGGCUACUGUUCUCGAAUAAACAGUAGCUCCCUCAUUAUUUUAUUGUAUUUUUUUAUUAGUUUAACUUAGCAUCCUAACCUCGGCAUACAUACAUACUGAAAGCAUGACAAUAGGACGCUGUUUUACUGAAUAAUCUCCCCCUGAGCCCCCCUGGUUGCACAGAGGAUAGGAAAGGAUGUGAAGUGGACUAAACCAAUUGGAGAGUUUCCAGGGAUUGUGGGUUUGGAGGGCUUUCUACACUGAGGUUACGGUCACUCCAGUUUUUCCUCCUCACUUGGUUAUAGAGGUAAAACUAAGCCGCAUUGUGGCUGUCUCCUGAACAUUUAUGCUGGUGUAGUUCAGCGGCCUGUAGGACACCAGUGUGGCAGACACAUGUCAGUGGCGUUGUUUGUUUUCCCCGUCUGUCAGCAGCCUGUGUUUAAAAUACCGCAAAGUGGGAUUCCCUCAGACGAACUGGACUGUGUUUAUUACAAAAUAAAAGAUUCCCACAGGAGCACAUGGAGAAGCCAUUAGACGCUCGUAUGUCUCUGUGAAAACAACCCGUCCAGCUUUUCUCAGACGCAGUGUGCUGUUUGUCCUUCUUUGCUUUUCCUGUUUUAUGAAGCUGAAAUUAUUAGUCAUUUGAUUUACGAGGGUUUAAAAGAAAGGGUUUCCUACUUUUAUCUGUUUUACCACAGUGUAGCUCUGUACCAAACUUUUAAAUCUGUCUCUAUGAUUUUGAAUUUCAAUGUUUGACUGUGACAUUUAAACAUUUCCAGUCAACUUGGAUCUUUCAAGUCACGUCUGGGUUGUUUUUGCUUAAAAUUAACAUUUAGUUUGAUUAAAUAGUUUUUUAACUAUCCGGAUACAUUCAGGUCAUGAUGAUACCUGCUAAUGUAAAGUUCACAGUCAGCUACGCCACAUGUACAUCAACUUUGAGUCUUACUAACUAUUGAUAAAAACCUUUCAGUAACAGCCCUUUUUAAAUGAUCAUCACAGUGGUGUUUGCUGUGUAGCUUUGGUGCAUUUUCAUUACCAGGCCAUUCAGAGUCUUUAAGCCUCUCUCCAAAAACUCUGAGCCCAAAUUCACCACAUGAUCACGCCAUCGCCAACUUCAGAAAUUAGAUUUUCCGUAACGAGAGGCGGCCUGCAAAAGAACUCCCUCAGUCCUCUUUAUCUUCUCUUUUCUGCUCUCCUGAUUUUGUGCUAAUCAGCUGCUGCAUGACAGCACACACAGUGAAAAGUAGUGAUUUAAGGCUGAUGUUACCCAGUCUAAAAUCAGCAUUAAGAGUCAAGCUGUGGAUCCAACUGAAUCAAAUCAAACUAAUUUAAAGCUCCUGUGAGGAAUUUUUGGUUUAUUUCCAUUUUGGCGCCUCCUGUGGACAAACCAGGGUUUGCUUAUUUUGUCCUUUAUAUACUUGAGUUGUGUCCUGAUGGUCAAAUUUAUCAUUUAUUAUAAAUAUUCAAUGCAGAAACAGGACUUUUUCUUUGUUGCUCAGCUGACACCUACCCCCCUUUGGACUAAUUUCAGGUAUUAAAAAAUCACAAAUUCAAAAACUUCUAGGUUUGUUGCUUUAAGAUGUCAGAAAAAAGCAUCAAUAUGAAUUCUGGUCUCCUCACAGGAGCUUUAACAUGCAGCAUCUCAUUUUAAAGGCGUCCAAUUACAAAUGCAGAAAAAUGCAGGUUGCUGUGUGAGCAAACAUGUUAUAGAGAAAUGGGAAAAAAAGUUACAUCACAGUAAAUAGUUGCAGAAAUUACUCCUGAAGGGGAAGACUGACAAAUGUGAGUCACCUUUGGACCUUUUGACUCAUUUACUCUUUAGCAGCAUCAGUAAAAUGAACAUUUUAGAUUUCUUUUUACAUUUUUCUGUCAUUUUUAACUUGCAUGUUGAAAUAUCUCUCAUGCAUAAACCAGCCUUAUUUCUCCCUCUGAGGUGUGUGUGUGUAUCUUUGCACAGUAGCAGUCUUCCACUGUAAAGCAGGGCAGGUGAGCUUUUUGAGGGCGGCUGCACCUGGAGUGUUUUUGGCUCACAGACUGUGAAAUGAACAAAGAGCGGAAAUGAUGUCACCUCGACGCCGUUUCUGCAUCAUCUCCACUUGAGUUUUUAGACUUUUGAUUGGCUGAAAGUGAUUUUCUGAAUGUGCCUCCACCUGAAUAAAUAAUGUGGGAUUCAUGCGACAGGGUGUUUGGUUACCUCUGCCGCAGCAGGUCACUCUUUCCUAGUUGUCUCUUUUUUCUCCUCAUCUUUGCUUUCCACUGUUUCUCUGUGCACAUUUUUCCUCUCUUUCGCCUUUUCACACGGCCUUUCACUUGCUCUUUUCCCAAUUCCACAUUUCUCUGCAACCCCUCCACCCCCCACUCUGCCUGCAGUCAUACACAUAGUGUAUUCAAGUCUAAAUACUUAGCCUGUGUCAUGCAAGCUGUUAGCCCCCCUCUCCCUUUUCCCUCUCUCUCUCUUCUCUCUCUCUGCUCUGCCUUCCCCUCCCUCCCCAGAAUGUUUGGAUAGAUCUAAAUGGUGUGAUUGUGACUGCUCUGCCGGCCGUCUGCCCUUCCACGUCUGCCUCUCGGCGUCUUUGGAAAGUCUGACGCGAGCAGAGGCAGAGGAAGAAGGGAAAAGGCUGAGAGAGAGAGAGAGAGAGGGGAAAGUUCUUUUGAACAACAAGGCAUGGCGGCCCUCCAGAGAGCCAAGUCUAGCGUCAAGAGUCAGCUCUAGCCUGUCCCUUUUUUUUCCUCUACCCCUGUCUGUGUGCUCUUUCACUCUUUAUUCCUCUAAUUCUCCCACACUGUCUUUUUUGGACGACCUAUUCCCUUGCUGAACGUCCCAUCUUCAACUCCCUGGCUUCAAUUUCUCACUUUGAAUCGACCCUCCUCCUCCUCUUACUCUCUCCCAACCCCGGCCCUCUCCACCCUAACCUGCUCCCUUUUCUCCUCCGCUCCGGUUUGCAGAGGUGGAGGGGGGAGACAAAACCACAAAAUCUAGGCCUCUCAUUUACCCAUAAGGGUGUCGCGUUGCGUUUGAGGCGCUCCGUGGCGGUGUCACAUGGCGGGGCAUUCAAAGAGCCGGGGUUUAAGAAUGUGGGUCAUUUGAAGUAGAGGCACUAAAGUGUGUUGUUUGCCAAUGAAUGGAGCCUUCUCACAUUGACAUGGUGAAAAGCGUGUGAAUAAACACCAGCGCCUGGGGGCCACACUAAAGUGUUCAGCUGUAUUCUUCCUGGUACCCCACCUAUACAAGCCUGUUAUUAUCCUGCACAUGAAUAGAUUUCUGGAAUCACAUCUGAUACGGGUACGGGGCCGUUGUUCCCUAAGAUACCUUUUAUCAAACCUUUUCUACUCACUCCUCCAGAUGAAAACAGGAUCAUGCAGUAAUUAAGUUUGCAGCAUGUAGUCAUGCCGCAUGUAUAGCUCUGCACCCUGCACACAGAGCUGUUUUCCUGUGGUCCUACUCGGCUGGAUGGCGCUCUUAAUUGCUCUCCCACGGCAGAUGUUCGGAUCAGAUGGUUCGAAUUAUGUCGCAGAUUGCUCACACAAGGUUUCCUAUGAAGAUAGACUCUCCUCUUUACUGUCUCUUUUCAUGCGACGACUUCGAGUGGGUGGCUCUGUGUACAGUGGACUCAUAAAUAGCUCUAACCCAUCUCCUUUCUCCGUCUUUCUCACACAGACCUUCAUGACUCAGGUGUUGGUGGCGGCUGCGCUCCUCGUCGGGCUGGUUUGUCACGCAGCAGAGCCUCCAGCGGCUCAGUGGUCCGGCGAUGAAUACAAAAACAUCACCCUACGGCGGCACAGGACGUGCGUGGAGAAUGAGCAGUACCUCCAUCAGGGGCUCUGCUGCCUCAAUUGUCAGGCUGGUAAGGAAGUUUAAUACACACUAUCAUCAAUUAUAGCCAAUCACAUGACCCUGAACUAGGGCUUGGCGAUAAACCGAAAAUUUACAACAAUAACCAGCGUCAUUUUGCCCAUGUCAAGAUAUCCAGUGUCAAAAAAAUAAAAGUUGUUUUUGGAUUUGUAUCUUUGUAUAUAUCAUGAUAUUGAUUUGAGGCCAUAUCGCCCAGCCCUACCCUGAAUUCUCGAUCUUUGACCCUUGAUUCUUAUUCAAUCGUUGCUCCUCAUUUUAUAUCUCCUGACCAGUGCAAUGUAUAAAACGGCGUCUUCUUGUUGGCAUUGGCUCUGUGCAGAGAUUUGCAGUCUUACAUCUCGAAUAACACUCUUUCAACUCUUCCAAACUUCCAUGUCUUCAAACAACAUUUCCAGCAGAGAAACAGAUUUACAACAAGCACUAAAAUAUUAUAUUCCUCAUACUCACGGCGAUUUGUAAGAUCCGCUUUUGCUUUCUGUUUUACUUCUUUCUCCAUUUCAACCACAAAUCAACAGUCUCGACUUCCCCCUCGUCACUCAGCAUCAAAAUUUAGACGCCAAGAAAGAAAAAUGUAUAUUUUAGCAAUAGGUUGCACUGGAAUUCAGGGUAUGGGUUACAAAAUAUAUCUUAACCAGAUCACAUUUAUUUUGAAUGUUCCUUAAACAAGAAGUAUUUAAGCGUUUGGCAGGACUUGAGGAGUUUUUAGCUCAAUAUGAAUGCCCUCUGUUUGACCCGCAAAGUAGACAAGACCAUCAGCAUUAAAACUUUUUUCCUCUAAAUUCUUAGUGUCUAUAAAAGCUGAUGGGAUCCAGCUGAAUCUGAAUUGUACUAAAAGAUGCAUUUUAAUGUAGAAAGACUAAAAACAGACAAACACAUCAGGGUAACUAGUUUAAUGAGUAAAAGAAGUGAGCUGUUGAGGCGUGGUCAAAAAGUCAACUGUAAAAGCUAUUACUCCGGACAAUAGCUGCUAAUUGCAGCUCUGCUAAAGCUCGAUUAAUUCUAUAAUUACAUAUUUUAUUUCUGACUAAUCUUAUGCAAUAAACGCCACAGUUGUUGUUAGUGUUCAAUUAACUUUACUCUGAAACAGACAUGUCAAGAAAUGUGACGUUUUUGGUAGUUUAACCUUAACACAACUUGAGCAGUCAAGCAGCACAUGUUAAUCAAUCAAUCUUUAUUUAUACGGUUCCAAUUAUCUCAAGGCACUUAACAAAGACCUACUGUAAAUAUAGGAUAAGACAGGAGGAGUAGCCAACAGGUAGAAACCCUGAGCAGAACCAGACAGCCAUCUGCCUGGACUGUGUUGGGUUUAUGGAGGGGAUAGAGGGAGAUGGAGAGAGACAAAUAACAACAAAACUGCACAAAGAUAUUUUGCUACCAUGGUAACAGUGCCAGAGUUAUGCUGCGUUCGAGUUACUUGGAAGUCAGAAGUCCGAGUUGGGAAUGACGUCACACCAGAGUUACCAGCAUUUCAGUUACCAAGUUGGAAAAAAUGGCUACAUCUACAAAAGUUAUUUUAGCGCUUGCCUUGUCUUUGCUUAUAUUCGGACAAGGCAAGCACGAUCAUAGAUGUAGCCAUUUUGUUUCCGCCUCCGAUUUUGCUUUUUUUCCGUCUUGGUAACUGAAGCCCUGGUAACUCGGGUGUAAUGUCAUUUCCAGCUCGGAUUUCUGAAUUCUGAGGGUACCUGAACGCAGCAGAUUCAAAUGAGGGGGCCGAAGAGGUGCCAAAAUUCUGGUGUACAAAAAAAGGGCAGAAAAUUCCAUCAUGUAGAUUUGAGUCCAUAUCUCCCACCUCCAGUUACAGAUAUAGAGGUACUACUUUGUCCACAGGGGGCGCCAAAAUCCUCACAAACAAAAAGUUCCUCACACAGUUACACAGUUAAGAAUAUCCCCCCUGUGGUUCUCCUAAGAGCCUCUAGGAGAACUUCACUUUGAGAGCCGCUGCCCUGAAGCAUUGACCUAUUUCCUCUGAGCCAACAUUUAAAAUGGCAUUUUCUGUGUGAAAAACUUGAGUCAAAUGUCAAACCCAGAACCCUGAACUGUUUCCCAAAUGAGUCUGUCUGGCUGGAAAGUAAAAGCAUGAAGUCUUAGGAGUGAACAGAGAAGAGUCCAAUGUGGCGGAAAAACCCGAGAAAUUAAAGGUAGCAGUGUUUGUAAUUGAUUCGGAGUGAGGGCGGCUGUAAAGUUGUGGUUAUUUUUAGCUCGGGACAUAUUUAGCUGAAAUGUAAUUACUCCAUUCUGCUGCCGGCUGAUUAAAUGAUUUCAUUAGCUGUUCUCAAUUCUAAGAAAUGUUUUAUUUGAUCAUUAUUGGUUUGGUGUGUGCGUGUGCCACAUUUACUAAAAUAAUUCACAGCAUGUUUGAGCGUAUGCUUUAAUUUUUAAAAGUGCAGACUGAAAACUUCUGCAUGAUUUCCAGGAACGGUGAAAACUUGCAGACAGAUACAGAAGUUUACAGGAGAUGGACAUUUAGUGGAUUUAUUCCCUGUUAACGACACGUGCUAGUAAAAAAAAUCUGUUUCCCACUCCAGUGAGUUUGUUUUCUUGUGCUCUUGCCAGCUGGUUUGUUGCUGCCACAGUCCAAAAAGCCACAGUGACCACUUAAUUGUAUAAAAUGUUAGCUUGUUGCUUCCUUUUAGUCUGUAUGAGAAUUUAUGCAACAAGUCUGACACUCUGUUUUUGCAGUAUGCACAAUAAAAGUCACAGCCACCAGUUUCCAGCACAUUAAAAAAUGCUUUGGUUAGAGUGCUCAGCAAGAUCAUGAAAAAUGUCUCGGCCCUUUUUUCCUAAAACCCUGACGACACAUGAGAAUCAAGUGGUUUUAUUCACGUGUGAAACGCCUAUAAAAAAUCCUCAGCAUGACAUUCGAGCUCAGUUAACUUCACGGUGGUUCCUCCGUUUCCUCAAGUCUCCAUGAAACGUGGAUUUUAUCUUCCCUAGAAAUCUCAUGAAAAAUGGUCGAUCAUGCUCACUUUAAGGAGAUGGUUUUAAAAUGUCCUCGUCCUCUCGCGGCUGACGUCGUCUUGUUUCACGGUUGAAAGCAAAUCAGCGUUGUUAUCUCCUGCUUUGGUAUGUCCUGUCCAAACAUCCUACAUCAACAGGAAGCACGUCACAUUAAUAAAGACUUGCAGGACUUUAGUUGGCAGUAUUCUGUGUUUAUAUUUAUAACUGAACUUGUUUGAUUGUUUUUCUAAUUUUAUUUACAGGAACCUUUGUGUACAAAGGAUGUGAGAGAGACCAGGAACAGGGGACAUGUCAUGCCUGUGAGCACGGACAGACGUACACGGAGCACUCCAACGGGAUGAACCGCUGUCUGCCCUGCACACACUGCCGCUUAGGUAACUAAAGGAAUAAUCAGUAAAACAUUAAAUAAUUCAAGUUUCUUUUGCUCAACCUGGGUCUUGAUUUUGCACGUUGAGAGCAAUAAUUUCAAGACUUUACAAAGUUCCCGGUAACUUAAUUGGUUGCACAUCCGUUCAGUGUCCCCUCGCAGCAAGACGGUUCUUUCUGAAUAGAGUUUGCAUGCUCUCCUGUCACCUCAAAGUACAAGACACUCCACCCACAGUCCAUGAACAGGCUCUGCAGGUUAAUUAGUACCUCUGUGUCAUCAUUAAGAAAGGACAAUCGCUAACAUUUACAGCAGGGUGCCUCAGAGUUACGGUAAAGGCUCUGCACAGCAGCAGGCUCACUUUGGAGCGUCUGCAGACUUGAUUUGUUUAUUUUCUUAAUCAGCCUCAUGAUCCUGGGCAAUCAGCUGACGCCAGUUACUUCAAAGUCCCAUUAAUCGGUCCGUUUAAUCGGCCAACUGAUUGAUCACUGUCUAUCAGUGUCUAGUACCUAAUGUCUGGAGCUGCUCCAGUCCCCUGUGACUGAGAAAUGGAUGGUUAAGAUGAUUAACUUUAUUUAAAUCGCACCAUUUAAAGUCAUUUAUAAAAAUAUCUUAGUAAAACAGGUGUGGGUUUAGUGAACAGCAGUAAACAGCUUUGUCUCCUGAAUGCUGAAAAGGUCUCUAAUAAAGAAGAGAAAUAAAAUAAUAACUCCGCAGACUGGCCUUUAAUCCCAGAGUAAAGUCUACAGUAAUCCAGUCUGUCUAAGAUUGAUUGUUUGGGAAAGUUAAUCCCUCUUUGUCUGCGCCCCCCGUCCUUUCAGAUCCACUCAUGAAAAUGUGAUCUUAUGAUGUUACACGGAGCAGCAGGGUGUGUCUUUGUUGUUUUGUUUCGGGGGGCUGAAUGUGAGCGUGUUAGCUGUCUCCUGAGAUUUGCUUGUGUGUCUGUCCUACCUGGCUGAACUGGGUGUGGCUGUGUCUCAUUGUCUCCCACACUGGGCUGUCUUUGUGUCCAAUGAAAGGCUGGAGCCACAGAAAAGAGACUUCAGUUACAUGGGAUGUGUUUUGUGCUUUUUUGGUAGCAGGUUAAAGGUAGAACGGAGAGAGUGUUUUUGUACUCUGGUUUUGACUUAUUUAUAAGCACAUAAUGAACGCCCGGAACAAGCUGAGAGUCUUUUGGCAACACUUUUGGCUGAUGAGUUUUCACCUGAGCUAAUGAAAAGGCUUCACAUGCAAACUUACAGCACAUUUUAAUAAAUAUCGCGCCUUUUUAUUAGAUUUUAUCAUUACAGGAACAAGUGUGAUACAGCAUUCAUACUCAGUUAUAAACAGUACUAAUAAUCAACAAGAGAGGGAACAUAAUAAACUCCCAUUUUAAGCUCUGCCGGUAAAGAGAAGAAAGAGAAGAAGAGAAUCUCUGCACAUAAGAACAAGCCUGAAAAACUACAUUGAGAGAGAUGACUCUGUAGUGGAAAUCACCGCAUUCCCGUUCUGAUUAGGGUUGAAACGAUUCCUCGAGUACCUUGAUUGCAAAUAACGAUUGAGCAAUUUUUCAUCGCAGUUUUGCACAGAUUAUUUUAAAGGUCACCGCGAUAGCAGAAGGGGUAGGUGCAGUUUUGCAGAGCGGAAAAAAUGUGCGAUGGGAGGGAUGUUUCUUCUGCAGAGCUCCACUAGAUCAUUAGCACUUCGCCUCUGAGUCGUUGGCGGAGACAGCGCUGCUCUGCGCACUCCUGUUCACGCUAGCUUGUAGCCUAAAAUUGCUGGUGUAGUAGCAGAAGCAGGUAACAUAGAAGCUAUUCAGCUCUUAAACACUAAUGUCUUUUGGGGACAUGAUAAAAGUUUAGUAUCAUAAUUAGCUUUCUUACAAGCUUUGCAAUCUGCUAACGCACACACUUGUUCCACGAUCGUCCUCUGAGUCUGGCCUUUAUGGCGGGUCUGCCAUUUGGGUCUGAUUACUUCAGUAAUCGUUGGAAUAUUGGGUAAGAAUACUCGAUUACUGAAAUAUUAAAUGACUGCAGCCCAUGUUCUGAUCCCUCAAACACAGAAAAAUCUGCAUGUCAGAGUGAUGAUUUUCAAAAAAAGCACCUCACCGUCUCCAUUAGACGCUCCUCGUGCUGCAGAGCCUGAUACUGUAAGUGGAACCACAAGGUCACCGAGCACCUGAUGAGCCUCUGGCUCAAGUUUUGAUAAUUUUAUGAACUUUACGAUCUAAACUCAUCCAUAACUGCUUAAAAUAGCUUUCUCUUAACAGGAAAGUUAUCUGAGCUUAUCGGCUUUCUAAGUAAGAUGUGGUUGCUCUGUUGAUUAUGAUCCUAAAAGGCUUGAUUUUGCUCCAUUAACACCAGCUUGCAUCUGAAAACAGGGAAGCAAUAAUCCAAAUAUUGUUAAACUCAGAGUAUAAAAGCAAAUCUGGCACAAUGGCACAGCAUAAUGGGGAUUUACAGACUGAUUUCAUGAAUAUUUUAGUGCAGCUGGUGAAGUAAAUUUUUGAAUCUGACUAAAGAAGUUUAUUUUUAUGUGAAUGCUGCCCCAAACUUGGUAUAUAAGCAAAAGCUGUUCGAUGAAAUGAUAUGAAACAGAGUUGUAUAUUGUUGUCAGACUCUGGUGUGGGUCUACAGCUGUGAUUUGUGCAUGUGCAGCAGUGCAGACUGUGCUACAAACUAAGAAAUCACAGCUGCAGCAGGACAUACUAUAAAACAAGACCUUUUUAAAUCACCCUUGGUUCAUUUUUGGCGUAAAAAUCCAUGAAAGGACAAGCAAAAACAGAGUGCAAGGAACUCCAACAUCGAAGCUCAAAAAAACACAGUUAUAAGUCCAUAUAAUAUAUACAUGUAUAUGUGCAUCUAAAGAACAACUCCUACAAAUUUGUAUGUGUCCUGAUCUUACAAAACAGCAGCUUUUUCUCCCCAAAAAUUAUGAACUUUUUUGCAAAAAUUUGCACUUUUCUCAGUUUUUUUCUCGCAAACUUGCCCUGAUUUUCUUCUCAGGGUCUGUUUAUGCCUUAAAUGACUCUCAUCCUCUUUCGUAACUUAAGACCUAUAUUGGAGUGCAACAAGCAUCCUUGAUUGGCUGAUAUCUGCUGCUACCAGAAGUCGAACCGUCAAACUGAACUGAUCUCUGGCCUCCUCACUCUGUUUUCGAGUAAUGACAGUAUGAAAACAGGUUUAGGAUUAGAUAGGAAAUGCACAGAAAAAAGCUUCUCAGGCUCAGAUCAGGCUAAACAGACUCUUCCCUAUAAUUUUGUGCCUCGGAUGCCCCGCCCUCCCCUCCCCAGUGUGCAGAUUUACACCCAGCACCUGCCAAUUUAACGAAGAAUAACAUAAUGAAGAAAUAACAGCGUGCCGGCUGCUUGCCUGAUGGCUGAGUGUUGACUUGUCUCCACUCUCACACUUGUGAAUGUUUUCUUAAUAGGGGUUUAGGGUUUACCCUGACUCACCUCCUAUUUAAAACUGUGUUGCCAUCCUCUGAUCAUGUUACACUCCAAUUACACUUUGUACAAUUAUGUAACAACACUGAAAACCAUCAUGUGUUUGCUUACUGAGCUACGGCUCCACUCUCAAGCUGCUUUGGAGCACAAUGGGCCCAACAGGACACGGUAUGGGGGGAGCGCAGAGUCGUCAACAGCGUGUAAAAUGUCUCUUAAGGAACAGCGGACGACAAAAGAUGAUUUCAAUCUUGAUUUGAUUAAGUAAAAAGAGGAAAAAGGGAACAUUUGUACUCGCUCAGUGUCAUCAGCAUGUUCUGAUUUGAACAAAGUCUGCUUUGUUUCACUGCGGCUGUAAUUUAACUCUUCAUACAUAUUUUUCUCUCAAGCCUUUUUAACUUGUAAAGGGAUCAUUGUGUUGAACUCCAACCCAUGAACAUCUUAAGGAUUUUUUAUGUGAUGUUAUCACAAUUAAUUACUUUAUUUGUUACUCUCAGAUACAUGUGUGCAGCCUCCACAGAGGACAGUGCGCUGCUGGGCUGUGGAGUCUUUGAUAACAGUGCAAUUAAUCAGAUUUUAUGAGAGUCUUUAUCUUCAGAGAUACAAGGGAGGAAAAAAACAGCCUUUACAUUAAAAAUUAGCUUUAAAAAAUUAGAUUUUCAUUUACAGGAAAGUCAAACAAAUCGUCUUAAAUAGCAGUAGCAGUUUCGAAGUGAAGUGCAAAACUCAGUGGUCUUCAUGUGAGAGUUACCACAACGCUUAAAGCAGAAGAGUUAAAAGAAAUCAGUAAUUAAUUUAAGUUAUAGCAGCCACAUGCUGCUGUAACUUGUUGACAAAAAACAGAUGUGGAUGAUUUGCAUUUAUUUAAACCUUGUAUUUAAAAAGUGAAAAGACAUCAAAACACAGAAAACGUUAUGUAAUGCCACAAGGAGGAACUGAUGAAAUAGUUAACAACAGAUUAGUAUAAAAAGGGCAGAAAGAUGGGAAGAGAUUCACUCUGUGAGAGCAAAUAGUUCAACAAUUUAAGACUAACAACCUUUAAGUUGCUCAAAAAAUAGGAUUUCAUCACCAACUUUAAGCUAGAUUAGUUUUUAGCUAGAGUAUCUGUAUGAACUUUUAAAUUUCUUGUUUUUAUGUCUGAAGCAGAGAUUGUUAUUUUUUUAUUAUUGAUUUUAAUUUUAAUCAUUAUUAUUAUUAUUAUUGUUGUAGUUAUUGUUGUUCUUCUUAUUAUUUUUAAAAUUAUUUUACUUUAUUUUUUUACAUUGUUAUUUUUAUUAUUUUUUUUUUAAUUGUUUAUUAUUACUAUUAUUAUUAUAUGUUUUUUAAUUCUUUUUUAGUAUUAUUAUAUAUUUUAUAUUUAUUAUUAACAUCUUAUCGCCCCAUUUAUUAUUAUUAUUAUAAAUUUCUCUGAUUUCCAGAUCCUCGGGUGGCCCUGUAUUAGAAAAUUCCGUUGUGAAAGUGGUCGCAUAGACUUGCAGACUUGUUUGUCCUUACAUUCACAAACACAGGUCUUAACUUUACCAUGCAAAGAGGAAACAAAGUUGAAACAGAAAUGUUGGCGACUUCUUUUGGCCUGGAGAAAAUGGAAAACUGUCUUUUUAUGUGUUACUCAGCCGCUCAGCUGACACCUACCCCCGCACCACUGAUGGUCAAAAAACUCCUCAUAGGAGCUUUAAGCUUCUACCUGGUCUAGAGGAAAACAAAGACCGACAUCUUGUCUUUUGCUGGUGGGGAUCAAUAAACUUUAUCUGAGUUGAUGACUUCAUAUGACACAGUUAAAAAUAGAAUUUAUCCCGACAAAAUCUUAUCAGUGUAAUAAAGCUGUCCCAAUAAAGGUGACGGAGUCUUCACGAGGAGAUGAGUAAUCAGGGACUUUGUAUUCAGACAGGUGUUAAUCUCACCUGUGGAAGAAAUGACUUCAUGUCCGACCUCAUUUAAGAGGGUGGAGUAAGAGCCGCUGUACAAAAACAACCUUUGAUGAUGUCCGAGCUAAUGAGCUGUACUCUGGCAACCAUUGAAACAAUCACUGUUUCUCAUGGACAGUAAAUUUCCUCCAAGGUUAUUCGACUCAUAACUCAUGCCAGAUUUUACAGGGAAGGAGGAAAAGAGGAUUAAAUGAAACAGAUCAUCACUUUGAUCUUCAAAUUAGCUAAAAAGUCUAUCAUUUAAAUGCAGCUUCAGGCUUGAAAUAUCAGACACAUGCGAAUCAUUCUCUUGUUGUCUUCAUGUCCCUUCCACAGAUCAGAUUGAAACUGCGACCUGCACUAAGACUACAGACACCAAGUGCCAGUGCAAACCGGGAACCUUCUGUGUCCCCGAUCAGGCCUGUGAGGUCUGCAAACGCUGCGCCAAGUAAGUUUCACCUCCAUCUUUCCUGAGCUAGUCUAAACUCCUGCUCUUUGACGGCUACAGUCGGUUUGUCGGCUGUUUUUCUUUCGAUGCACUUGUACUAAAAAUUCUUUCUCCUCCCAGGUGUAAAGCAGGGGAGGAGGAGGUGAGGAAGUGCACUCCGUUCUCCAACACCGAGUGCCGCAAGCUGAAUCUGUCCCCCACCAAGAGCUCCCCAGCUCUCCCCACGAUAGCCCCAACUUCUCAAGACAUCGGUAACUUCUUUGCUGUAUUCAUCUCUAAGCUUUCUUUGGUUAAAAUCUUUGAGUAUUUGACCCUUAACUCCUUGUUUUGUUUUUGUUUUCCCCUCCAGCUCUUCCUAUAUGGAUCUCCUUGCUUAUCUUAGCCUGCCUCGUUCUGGGCGUGGUGGCGUGGUGGUUCCUAAUCAAGCGGCGGUCAUGUGAGACGCCAUGUGAGUUGUGUACUGUACAUUUGCAAUGCUCCUCUGCUUAUUUAAGAUGUGCCUCUAAUGCUGUUGUUAUUGUUGUUGUUGUUGUUGUUAUUUUGCUCGCAGGUUUAAAGAGUAGCUGUGAUCCCAGUGAAAUCGUGAAGAUUCCCAUUGUGAGUUUUACGUUGUUUUUUUUUUUUAUGUUGAUGUUGUGCAGCCUGUUAGAGACUCUCUAUAAUCCAUUCGUCUCGGCUGUUAGCAGUCAGCUGCAGAGAAUCUGUUGUGCUGCGUCUCACUCCUCUCUUUGUGCGUCAGGACGAGAGCGGAUCCACAGCCGAGGAGAGGCAGAACGAUCAGAACGCCGGCCUGGAGGGAGAGGAGCCCCGCCCAGAGUCACGGCCUCUGCUGCAAGAAACCCAGCCCGGGAUGACCAAAGCCUCCCCUCCUCUGGAAGACGAGGAUCGAGGACUUGGAGACAGUUUGCCCAACACCACCAGUUCCUCUCAAACCAGCCUGUCAGCCCUGCCCACAGCUGCUUCCUCUGGAAACACCCCCCACCAGAGCCCCACUGCUGCCAGGCCGCCCCCUGCAGACAUGGUGAGGGAAAAACCGCUCAGAGACUUCAAACUCUCCUUCUAUAUGUGCUUUAAUUAAUCAAAUUUCAACACCCUCAUGUUUGUAUUUCUCUCAUGUUGCAGGAUGAUCCUCUGCGACAUCGAUUGCUGCCACUUCAAGGUGAGAUUCCUGCAGUGGGAGUGGGAGUGGGAGAUUUCCCCCAUCUACGAGACACUCGUUCGCUAAUUUCAUGAAUUUUUCAUGCAGCUUGAUUCGCGCUGAAAGGCAGCUGACAUGAAAAGCUGCACCGUUUACCACAGUUCAUGUCAGUCCACGGGGAAAUCAAAUCAACAGCAUCCAUCCAGAUCUCACAUUAGUCGCUUGAUAGAUUAAUAAUCUCAUGACAGUCAGGCCAGAAGCCUUCAGGGGGGCGCAGGGCUGGAACAUGGUUUCCAAUUUGCAGUUGCUGUUUUUUUUUUCCCAUGAUAAAGUUAAGAAAAUCUAUUUGAACCCGUUUGUUUGAUCUUCUAAUGGAAUUCCUGUUUGAUAAAAACAUCCCCCGAAGGAAGAUGCAGUGAAACGCUUCUGAUACCGAAACAGUCACCGAGUAUUUAUUUUAUCACUGCAAAAAAGGCCACAUGAAAUCUGACUUGGACAUGUCCGGUAUCUGGUUUGCUAUAUUGAUGCUCGUUUUUGGUGGAUUUGUGUGACACAUGUUGCAUAAAAAAGUCUGGAUGAGCCAAAAACAGGUUUUUAAGUUCUGUUUAGGCACAAGCAAGUGAGGACGAAAACAAAACAACACAAACAACAGCAGGUUGUGCGCAUGCAUGUAAAUGUGUGUGUUUGUAGUUUGAUUCUACAGAGAUAAGGCGUGUUGUUCCGACAGAUAAGAUAGAUAGAUGUACACACCUCUGAGUGUGUUGACGUAUUCAUCCUAGGCCUUAUUCACGUAUUUAUGUGAAAUGUUUUCCUUUAAAUUGUGAGUCAGCAGGUCAAAGUUUUACUUAAAAUGAUCCUAACAAGGACAUUAAAAAAGACUCUUGUCUAAAAUUAUCAUUAGAAGUACAGAGAAAAGGAAACGUGGCAAAUUGAAAUGCAAAGAAACCCCAAAAAGUUGAUUUUCUGGACCCAUCACAGAUCAACAGAUGGAUCUAUUGACACGAGUGCAGCAUACAGACUUUUACACAUUUAUAUUUACUGUAACAGAAACAUUCAAAGUUUGAUGUUUCACAUAGAAACCCCUCUGGUCACUUUUGGGGAGUUCUUUUUGUCAAGUAACAUCUUAUAAACUUUUGAUAACUCACUCCCUUUUGUAAAUCUGAAAAACAGGUUAAAUCUGUGUUGACGAUUAGCUUCAUGACAAGUGUUAUCUUUUAUUAUUACAAGCUUAGUACUUAUUUAUUACAGUGGCUGUUGAUACUGAAUGGAAAGCGCAACGAUACUUUUUGUAUGAUCACCGGCUAGCUAAGAAUUAUCCUGUACUCAAGUUUUGAUCUUCAAAAGUUUUUAAAAAGUCCUGGAACUGAUUUUAAACUCAGUCUGAAGACUUUUUAUAUUGCAGUGAAACAUAGGGCUGGGACGAUAUGCUUUUCUCCUGAUUCGAUUUUCUACGAUUUUUGCCAAUUCGAUUUAAAUUGCAAUUAUACGAUAUUAUUCUCUAUAUUUAGUUUGCAUUUUUAACACCAGUGAAACAGUUUUUGAUUAUUAUUGUCUACUGACUAUUCCAGGAACCAUAUUUCCCCAAAAAAUACACAUCACAUGUGAGUCAGUUUUUAAGAUUUAUUCCUAAUUUUGAAAAAAAAAAAAAAAACAAUUUUGAACAUAAAAAUCGAUUGAAAAAUUGUAAAACAAAAAAUCGUUUUUUUCUCCCACCCCUAAUCUACACCUGAUCUUCAACUUUUACCAAACAGAUCUAAAUGCAAAUAUAUAUUACGGAAAAACUAAGUCGCAAUAUGCAUAAAAAUAAAAGCUGGUGGUUGGAAGGAUGUGAAUGUGAAUUCAUGUGAGUCGAUUUUUUCUUCCACCUCUCGAGAAACACCAAUAUUUACUCCCCUAUAAACUCUGCUCUUUAGUGUAAAAGUCCAAAACCAAUUCUUUCCACGUCUGCUGCAGCAGGCAGACAGGGACCAACAACACCAGAUCAUUCAAUGUGAAACUAAAGAGAGCAGGAUGGAUUGAAAAAGUAAAAAUCAAUGUUUCAUGCAGAUUCAGCAGCCGCCGUUAAGCUCAUGUUUCACAAUUUCAUCUCUUUGUUUUCUCAGGGUCAGAGAAGUCCCUCAAGAAGAGCUUCGAUCUCUUCGACGAGUACCUGGACGUCCGGAUCCACAACAAGUUCUUCAGAUCGAUCGGGGUCAGCGACAACCACAUCCGGAUCGCGGAGAACGGCGCCGCCGGGGACAAAGUGUACGAACUGCUGAAGAACUGGAUGCAGAGGCGGGGACUCAAAGCUGACAUCAACGACCUGCUGGACGCUCUGCUCAGUAUGGACCAGCGGCGCUCGGCUGAGAGCAUCGCCUCCGCCGCCCUGCAGAAAGGCUUCUACAAGCACGAAGGCACACCCUGAGGAGGCGCGAGCGGAGCGGAGAAAACUCAAAGCACAUAGACACUAAAGGUGGACGUUGUGUCUGACGAACAGGCUUACCUCUUUGUGGCUCAGCAGCCAUGUUUUCAGAAGCCAGUAGUUUAAAAAGAAAAACACAAAAAAGGGGAAAGUCAGACCGGAUUGAUUGGCACUCCUUGGAUGUCGACUACUUGCCGAAACGAGAAUGAAGCAUUUGUUUUUGUUAUUUUUGUCUGAUUGAACAACAAAGACGAUGAUGAAAAUGUCUCCAAAAGAAAAAGAAAAAAAGAAGAGCACAAUAUCAUGAAGGUGUCAAAAUGCAGUAAGGGCUAAUGAGUUUAAGCUAACGAAGCGACACUUAGCCAAAUACUGAAAGCUUCGACGUCUCCAGUCGUGUUCGCCCGUCUGGUUUUCCUCCCAGAUCUUCAAACACUAACCUGGAGACACAAAUAUACACUGGUUUGUAGGAGUGGCAUUAAAGAUGUCGCUGAUACUGGUGCACUGACCUCUGGCACAUGUAGGAUGUAAAACUACAAUCAUGCUUUAGCUGUCGUUUGUAUGUUUCGAAGAGUUCAUGAGCGUUUUUCCUGAAUUUCAAGAGGAAAUUUUUUGGUCAAGUCUCACCUUACUAAUCGUAAACUUGACCUUGUCUGUGCCAUCUUAACUUUCUUGUGAUGAUUUGAUAAUGUUCGUAGAGCGUAGUGUUCAAAAAAACGUCAUAACAGGAGGGAGGGAGGGAAGGAUGUUUUCACUCUGUCACAGUUCAACAAGCAACGUUAUAGAAGGAAUUACACAAGCUGUUUCUGUCGGAGUAACUGUUAGUACUUUAGCAGGUCAUUUUUAUUUAUUGUCAUAUUUAUUAUAAUGAAUAAUAAUUAACUUUCAUUAUUUAUAGCGUUGCCAAAAAGAAAAAAAACAACAAGAACAAACAACCCUAUGAGGAAAACAAGUGUGUGAAACCUCAGGGCGCCAUGACUGACAUCCAAACUUUCAAGGUGUGGUUGAAACUUGUAAUGAAUGAACUCUUAUCUAUAGUGGAGCGCUCUGUUCCACACUGUCCAUGUUACGUGUGAUGCUAAAUGCAGACUUUGUCGCUUCAAAUUGAAGUUGAGGUGAUGUCGAUCCAUAAAAAAAAAAAAGAGGAUUCACCCGCCGCUCUGUGGCCGAACCGUCCUGAGGGAGCAGGUACAGAUUGUUUUGUCUCAGUUAGACGCAGACAAGAUGAAGGAAACAAUUUUUCUGGAUUUAAAAAGAAGAAAAAAAAGCUCAGAUUAAUCCUCCUGUAAUCUCCCCCCUCUCUGUACAUAUGAAUGUCUAUACAAGCCUUAUAAAGUGUCGUGUAUAUAUGCAGCUCUAUUAACACAGUCAGAGUGGAAACAGAAGCACAGAGUUGUUAAACAUUCAGGUUGUGCCAUUUUAAAGCGAGUUGUUGCCCAUUUCCCUGCAGUCUCCUGUAUAUAAAGGUAAGAGUUACAGAGUUAUAUAUUAAUGCUGAAGAGUGAUGCAACAGUGCCGGCACUGCCAUCUACUGACAGACAAUGAAACUACAGCCUGCAUCAAUUUCUCGGGGUGCUGCACAACCCUCACUGAACUUUUCUCAACUGUUGGACUUUUUUUCUCCUGCAUGUUUUGUUCACUCUUUUUUUUUUACUUUCUCUGUUUUUCACUUUUACAUAUUUCAUGGCAAAGUCCCCAGUCCUUCAAUUAACUCCCUGUUUUCGCUCUUAUACAAACUUUCUGUUCAAUGUUAAGUCAUUUUCCCUCCGUAGUUAUCGUUUGCUUGUCAUGGAAUUCAGAUAUAAAUUAUGCAAAUAUGUCAAAGCUGUUUUUAUGUUAAGUUCAAAUAAAUGUUUUGUACAGAUCA